AUGACGUCUCAAGAUCUCGUCGUUCGCCAGCCUCCUCAGUAUGGCGGCUUCGAGGAUACUCAGGAAGAGCUGGAUUGGUAUGGUAGUAACCCCGAGGGCAUCGAUCGUGACCGUACCCCGGAGGCUAUGUAUCCAGACGAGGUUAUAGACGUCGUCGCUAGGGAGGAGGAGGAGGAGGAGGAGGAGGGAUUGAACCAGGACACUAGAUGA